UAACUGAGACAUGAUGUAAAUUUUUUAAUGAAAACCAUAUACCAGAAUUUUACAAUCUAUAAAAUUAUUAUAUCGUUAAUUUAAAUAAUUUUUGGGCAAUAAUCGUGAGAAAAAAUCGUCUUUUCAAACAAUUCUAUUAUAUUAUCAUUAUAAUCGCGACAAGAGUGUUUGUUUUUUGUACUAACAAUAUUGACUAGAAAAGAAUGUGUUCGAGUGGAAGUGGACUUGGAUCCUCCACCUCAUGUAAUGGUGGAGGCAAGGAGGUUCGAUAGUUAGACCUGUUACAACUCUUGGAACUUGCCCUCGAUAUAUAUUAUACGUCAAUCGUUGAUAAGAAACUCGCUGAAAUGACAUAUUAUCAUUUUUGCCACGUUUUCACAGCCAAAGAAUGUGUAGAGAACAUGCAAACAGAUGACGAAUAACAACAUGCCGGGCUUUUAGUGUUUCACGGUUGUUGAACUUUAGAGCUGCACAAAUAUUUAGAGAUGAGCGAUUUCUCUCUUUGUAUUAUUCACGGACCCGAACUUUAGCUUGGAAACAGUUAGAAAUUAUCACCCCGAGGAAGCAAAUUUCAUUGACAUAUACGAUCAUUCAGUGAAGUGGUAACAAUGCAUUUUAAUACACAAAUUUUCGAUUCGAAUAGGAAAGGAUAUUUUUAUGCAGUUACUUUUCUUUCUAAGCUUGUUACAAACAACUCAACAAGUAUCCCAGAGAUUAAGUGCAAGAGCUAUCUUUUGUUCUAUGCUGAGACCAACAUGGGAAAUGGAAUUCAAGCAUCUAUAUAUUUUUUGGGCCUUAUAUAUUGCUUUUUUGGAUUGUCUGUCAUUACCGGUUGCUUUUUUCGUUCAAUGGCAAAAGUUGUGCAACAAACCCGGAAGAUUGUUAUAUUGGAUCCUGACACUGGGGCUGAAGUGGUCACAAGAGAAAGGAUAUGGAAUUAUACAUUGGCUGAUAUCUCUUUGCUAGCAUUUGGCACAAGCUUUCCACAAAUGUCACUUGCUAUCAUUGAUGCCUUUCAAAACCUUGGUCAACUUUAUGCUGGAGGUUUGGGCCCUGCAACACUUGUAGGUUCUGCUGCAUUUGACUUGUAUCCUAUUCAUGCUGUUUGUGUGGUUGUUCCAAAAGCGGGCACAGUGAAAAAAAUCUCAGAUUUAGGAGUAUGGCUAGUAGAGCUUGUGUGGUCUUUUUGGGCAUAUGUCUGGCUUUACAUAAUAGUACAGGUGUGGACUCCAAAUGUGGUGACUAUUUGGGAAGCAGGAUUGACUGUAUUGCAAUUUGGUUUGCUCUUGUUGCAUGCAUAUGCACAAGAUAAAGGGUGGCAUUAUUUCUCACUUCCAUUGCCAAGAGAAGAUAGACCAGAAGACUGGGUGCCAGCUGAGACUAGAUACAGCAGCUUACAGGGAGGAAGUCAUGGAGAUUCUUCUACUGCUCUAUCUGAAUUUGCACCACGAAAUCGUACUGUUGAUAUAUUCUCAAUUCAUUCUAACGAACAAGCUGAUAAUGUCUCUGAGCCUGUACGUCAGAGAGAAAAUAUUGAAACUUUUUCUUUGGAUGGGGAUCUCAAUGUUCCAGCUGGUAGAAAGGGAGUAAAAAUUUAUUUGGUCUUCCUUCAACAGUUGAAGGAUGCACUCACUAUGGAAGACUAUGAAAGAAGUAAGAAUAGAAGUGUUCCUCUUCGAUCAUUAAAAAUACUUUGGCGAUUCAUAAAUCUGCCCUGGAGGAUUUUGUUUGCUUUUGUUCCCCCUUGUGACAUUGCCCAUGGAUGGUUGGCUUUCACUGUUUCCCUGUGUUGUAUAACUGGGAUUUCAUAUGUUCUUACUAAACUUACAGAUCUGAUAAGCUGUGCAACAGGAAUAAACCCAUAUGUCAUAGCUUUCACAGCUCUUGCAAGUGGAACCUCAUGGCCUGAUAUGGUUGCAAGUAAGAUAGCUGCAGAACGGCAAAUGACAGCAGAUUCAGCCAUUGCAAACAUCACAUGCAGCAACUCGGCAAACCUCUUUAUUGGCAUAGGGGUACCAUGGUUGAUUGGUACCGUAUAUAAUCGAGCUGCUCUUGGAGAAGCAUUACGUGUUCAUGGUGAUGGAUUGAGUUUUUCGCUUGUUAUAUUCUUCAUCACAUUUUUUUUAUGCAUGCUUGCUUUAGUAUUAAGGCGUUAUUUCUUUGGUGGUGAACUCGGAGGACCAAGGUUAUGGGCUUGGAUAACAUGUUUCUACCUCAUGUUUCUUUGGAUCACUUUUGUUGUGCUAUCUUCUCUCAAAGUUUCUCAUAUAAUAUAGGACCUCAUUCCUUGAAAUUAGAGGGGUUCGAAGUGAUUUUCAAUUUUUUUCAAUUAGCUAUGCAAUUUGGUUAUAAGAAUACAUUCCUUAGAAGAAGAGGGGUUUCAAGUGAUUUUCCUUUUCUUUCAAUUGGCUAUGCAAUUUAGUGUAGGAUGGGAAGCCCUAGCUUCAAUUUUUGUAAGUUUGGAUUUGUAACAACUGUUAUUUAGUGGUCAUUAUUUAUCUUUCAACUAUUGAAAUAAUAGUGUUUUUUU